GAAGCGAUCACGGCUCCUCUCAUCAGCCAUGAUGCUGCCAUCGAAGCCGAAGAAGGAUCUCUGCCUCAGUACGGCGUGUUUGGUCAGGUCCUUCAGACCAAUGCGAAAGGGUUCCCGAGCAAGCCGGAUGACAAGAGGCUGUACUGUAAUAUCAACUCGCCCUUUACCGCUGUCGUCUGCGGUGUACAGGGGUCGGGAAAGUCGCACACCGUCUCCGUACUGCUCGAAAGCAUGAUGAUCGAAGACGACCGCCUCGGCCUCCUCCCCUCGCCUCUAUCCGGAUUGGUCUUGCACUUUGGCGAAUCCGGAACCUCUCUCAAACCGUGCGAAGCGACGUUCCUAGGUCUAUGCGACAACCCCAUGGUCGUCUGCCCCGAGGUCGUCGUCUUCUGUUCGCCCUCGAACUUGAAGCACGUCUCGCAUUCGUACGCCCAGUUUGGAGGAGGUGCCAAAGUCUACCCGCUCUAUUUCCAGGAAGAAGAUGUUGACGCUACGAGCUUGCUCUCGUUGAUGGCAGUCUCGGAAUCCGGCCAGAUGCCGCUGUAUAUGCAUAUGGUCAUGCAGGUCCUCUCCGACCUGGGCGAGGCAUACAGUUACACGAACUUCAAGUUGCGUUUAGGAUCCCUCAUGCUGGAGCCUAUCCAAGCGAGGAUGUUGGACCAGCGUUUGUCCCUGCUCGAAGGAUUCUUGUGCAAGAAGACGGACGAUGGGAAGCUCCCUAGGGAUGGGAGGUUUAAGAAGGGCAUGUUGACGAUCGUCGACUUAACUGAUCCUUUCAUCAGCCCUUCGUCGGCUUGUUCGUUAUUCGAAAUCGUGCUCAAGCUGUACAACAAGGCCGAGCUUAGGUGCAGCAAAGUGGUCGUCUUGGACGAAGCCCACAAGUACCUCAGUGCCGAAGGUACCGUCGCUUCUGAAGGAUCUAAACGGUUGACCGAGAGACUCCUCAGUUUCACCCGACAACAACGUCACUUGGCCAUGCGAGUGAUCAUCUCUACACAAGAACCUACGGUCGUCCCAUCGAGCCUCUUGGACCUUUGCUCGUUCAUCGUAUGUCAUCGCUUCUUCAGCGCCGGCUGGUUUACGCACCUGGCGAAACACGUCUCGAGCGAAUUGGACGCCGAGGCGUUCGAGCGUGUCGUCAUGUUGGAUCGAGGUGAAUGCCUGAUCUUCUCGCCUACCGCCUUGUUCGUCACGGCGCCCGAGGAAGACGAGCAUCCCAUGGGCAAUGCUCAAGUGGGUCAACUGGGUCGGGGCUAUAUCGUCGCCAAGACCAGGAGGCGGAUCACCGACGACGGCGGGAAAUCGAUUCUCGCCACCGACCAGUUCUGA